GACUAUGUCAAUAUUGAGGAUAUUCAUUUGUUGUUGGAAAAAGCGUCAAACUAACACACAUGCUCACCCGGCAAACAUUCUAGUUUUAUACAUUCCACAAGUAAUCAUUCCACUUUAAAAGUAUUUGGACAGAUACGUUCCAUUUCUAAAGACGUAUGUUAUAUUAUUAUUACAAACAAAAACUCUUUGCUGGUGUCAUCAUCAAGGGUACGUUACAUCCACAGCGGAAUAACAACAUUAUAAAAUAAGAAAUCGUGAUUUGGUGUCGGAAUUCAGCCAAUUUAUCGUAGUACUAUACAAGUGUGGAUGCACCAACGACCACAACUGCCGUGAAAAUACAAAUCAAACCACCAUCAACAUGGAAGUCGAUACUGAAACAGAUAAUCAACGGGACUCACAAGAUACGGAUUCAAGUGAUUGUGUCGACGAAGCUACAUCCUAUAAUGAAAAUUUACAAAAGUUGGUACGCGAAAAUGCAUCAAUAAUGCAGUUUGAAACAUCAUUAUUAAAUAAAUUGGUAAAUAUAAACUAUAAAAAUGUGAAUGGUGAUACUGCUUUGCAUUUGGCUGUGAGGAAAAGAAACUGUGAUAUCGUUGAUUUCUUAAUCAAACGAGGAGCAGACGUUGCUAUUGUUAAUAGCCGUAAUAAGACAGCAUUAAAAAUGGUGCAUGAACGUUUGGAACGGGAUCCAAACGACGCCAGUUUACAGUCAAUUGAAGCAUUUUUACGGCGAGCUCAGGCUGGUACAUCUCGCAGAAGAUCGUCCGAAGAGAUCGAUAGCUUUGCAGAUCUGAACGAUUCUACACAAUCCUCUACCAAUAAUACAAGUGUUAAUACAAGUGUAAAUCAACCGAAGAAACAAAAAAUUGACCAUACCGAUACCUAUGAUGCCCAUAGUUUGAGAUCAAAUUUCCAUGGUCCCAUUUAUCAAGCAAAAUUAUUGGCACUCUUUGGAAAACGGGCCCUUAGCAACAGCUAUGAGUUCAGCCUAGCGAGUGAAAUGGAUGAUGCCGAGGCGCUUGAUGAUGUUGUUCUCAGAUAUAAGGAAUCGAACAAAUGGACAUGGCGUUUUGUGCAGGCCAAGCACAAACAAAAUACCGAUAGUUCAAAGAUCACCAUUAGUGAAUUGAUAUCAAAUGACAACGAUUUCAGUUUACAGAAAUAUUUUCUGUCAUUUUGUAAAAUUAAAUAUAAUGAACGUUUUAAGGAUGCCACUUUCAAGGAUUUUACCCUCAUCACGAAUACGGAAUUCGAAUUCAACGAUUGUGAUGAGAGGAUUGCUUCAUCGAGACGAGUGGGCAAAGAAUUUUGUGAACUUAUCAAAUUAUGGAGUAAAUAUUUUGAGGAAGAAAAAAAUUUACAAGUUGAUCCCAUCCUACAUGUUGAAGCAUGUAUGGUUCAAACAAAAAAAUUUAAAUUCACUCAAAAGGCGAAAGAAGAUUUAUACGAACAAUUCAAAUCAAAUUUAUUGGAAAGCGUUUCGACAUUAAAAGAAAUCGAUAGUUUUAAUGCUAUCAAGAAAAAAUUACGGGUUACAAAACAUAUUAAACGCAAAGAUCAGCUCGAAAGAGCAAAAACAUUAGUAAUUGAUAUUGCAAUUGAGUGUAAAGAUAAACAAAGGAAAGGGCAUGUUAUAAAAAUGGCAAAAGAGUUCGUACGUUCGAUGGAGAAAUUUUUGAAUGAAAACGGAUGUAAGCAAUCGGUCGACAAUUUGAAGGAGUCAAUUAAACUAUUAGAAAAGAAUCGAGUUGGAACAGGAAUUGCACGUGACAGUAUGCAAAAAAUUCAUUCUGAUGUAAAAGAAGUGGAAAAGGUUAUAGACGAUUGUCAAGAAGAAUUAGAAAAAUACAGUGACUCAUGUUCAGAAGAAUAUCAAGAUCUAGAAGGAGAUAAAGUGGAAUUAUUCGAUGAUGAGCGUGAAUUAAGGAAGUUGAGAAAGGAGGUUUCGGACUCAAAAGAUUUGGAAUGGAUAAAAAAAGAAAUUAAUAAUAAGGAUAUCUUAAAGCGAAAAUAUCGAAUUCCAAAAAGUAUUAUCGACACAAUCCAAAAGUCAAACGAUUUGAAACAAGUGAAAAAGACUUUAUACGUUAAACUUCAACGUAUAAUUUCAAAUAUAUCUAUGAUAAAAGUGGCCUUGAAUGAUAACACAUUUGAAAAGUGCCUUGAUGAGUUCUUAGAACAAUUUCGAAUUAUUACAAAUUAUCCCGAUGAGGGGCAAUUGAGUGAUGUCCUUCAACAGGAGAUUGGUGACAAAUUUUCUUUGCUAAGUGCCGAUUUUGUAAGAGAUUCUUUUGAGCGGGAAAUGAUCAAUUUUCUAAAAGAAAAACGCGGUAGAUUCUAUCAUGGAAUAGAGGGGGAACAAUUUUUCGAGAAAAUGGAGCAAAAGAUCAAUACAUUUAUGUGCAUUGGACUGUGCAAAGCAUAUACUGAACGACUUGAUGCAUAUGGCAUUUCGCUUCGCAUUAAAUUCAAAGAAAUUUGCAAACUAAGCGACUUUUUAUCGAAUGAUAGUGAAAAAGUUUUCCAUAUUUCUACCAAAUUCACUCGAUUAGUCGCAAUAAAACUGUUUCGGCAGUUAACUGAUUCGGGCCAAUUUAAGAAACAUGAUAGUUAUAUUUUCAUUCGCUUGGGUACUGUUUUACAUCGAGAGGAAACACGUAAAUUUAUUUUAAAUGCAUUCAAUUCGGGCAUCCAAUCAGUUGAAGAACUGGUUGAACAAUCCUUUGAAGAAACGGUUAUUUAUAGGAACACCUAUGAUCUCUGCGUAAUUGAAUGCCGACAGGAAUGUCGGAGAUAUAUUGGAAAUUUGGAUGUGGAUGUAGAUGCUGAGCAAAAUUUGUUCAAAAUGAUUUUAAACAUUCUUUCAAAGAAUCCAAAUAAAAAACUUAUCAUCAUCGCUCCAGAUGACGAUGGUCUAUCUAAAAAGUUUCGAGAACAUUAUGAAAAGAUGAAUAGUCAAACUGCUUCAGAUGAAAAUUUAAAUGAACCAUUAUUUAUAAAAAUAGAGGAUGAAAUAAAGUUUACACAUUUGGAUGAUAAUUCUCGAAACAAAGUACUGGCAAAAGAAAUUAAAUUCCAAGAGAAAGACAAUAUGAGAUUUGAUCAGCUCAUUGAUAAAAUAUUAGCCUGUAAAAUCAUUGAUUCCGAAAAUUUAUUGAGAUUGAUUGAGAAUGAAGAGAUUCAAAUUGGCGAUGAAAAAGCAUUCUCUUCCAUCGGUUAUGAGAAAGAUUUCUAUAUCGAAAGAGAAUUUAAUCUGAAGCAAAAACCAACAAACGAUUCAAGUAAUAUUAGUGAAAAACUAUUAGUUGAAAGAGGGAACGUACAGAAAUUGACACUUUUGGUUAACAAUGCUGGUAUGGGCAAAUCUACAGUGUUAACAAGUGUCGCUAAAAAGAUGCGGCAAAAUAAGGAAAAUGCGUGGAUUGUUCGAAUUAAUUUAACUGACUAUGGAGCCACUAAAAAUACACCACAUAGUUUGAAUCGAAUAAAUUUUAAAGAACUUGAAAUUGGAAAAGGUAUCGAAUUUGUAUCGAAGAUGGUUAUUCGGAGAGUUCGCGGCAAAAUAAAUGAUGCUAAAAUUCGUUUGCAACGUGCAUUAAUUAAAGCAAGCCUUGAAAAAACCGAAUCACAUUAUAAAAAACCGCCGAUUGUUAUACUACUGGAUGGUUUUGAUGAAAUCAGUCCGAAUUAUAACGAAAAGACAAGCACACUAAUAAAUACUCUAAAAGCAAGUGAUGUCAGCCAACUUUGGAUCACAACACGACCCCAUGAAAAAGAUCACUUGCAAAAUGAACUCAACUCAACGUCUUAUUAUUUACAACCAUUAAAAGACGAGGAACAAAUCGCAUUUUUCGAUAACUUUUUGAAAUGGCAUAUUCGAUGUGGUAAACCUUCGGUUGGCUCAACAGAAGCUUCUGAUCGAUCCUAUCCACAGAUGAUCAAACGAUUGCAAGAAAUAAAGGAAGCAUCGUUAACUCCUGCGCUUACGGAAAAUAUCUCAAAUAUUCUGAAAAAAAAUUCCAAAAAAGGUGGAAAAAUCGAUGAGCUAAAAAACGAAAUAAACUCUUUAUCAUUCACUGAAUAUGUGAAGAACAAUCUGCUUUCUCUAUGGAGAGAAGGGGUGUUUGCUAAAGAUAGCAACUUUUAUGGCACUCCACUAAAUCUUAAAAUGUUGACUGUGGUUGUUUCGGCCGAAAAGCAAUUGAUAAGCAAGUUGGAGCCAUUUGAUUUAUAUCAAAAAUUUGUAAAUAUUCAAUUUUCCAUUUUCUAUAAAAUCAAAGCCAAAUCUAAGCCGGGUAAUCAAGCUGCUAGUGAUAUAUGCGGAGAUCACGGUGAAUAUCUGAAUAAUGUGCACAAUUCUUUGGCUGCACAAAUUUUAUUUCCAAAAGAUUAUGAAGAGAAGCUAUUGCCAGACCUCAUUGUAUUAGAUAAAUUGAAGCAAGAAAUUAAACAAAAUGAAGGAAAAGGCGAAAAAGUCGCUAGAGUUGGACUAUUGAAUUUGCGAUCAGAAAAAUUAGAAUUUAUUCAUCAUAGUUUUGCUGAAUUUUUCUUUAGCAAAUAUUUAAUGAACAACCUAGAACAUGAACGAGUGCAACAGAUUUUUAUUGAAAAUAUUCUAUUUGAAAGUGCCUAUGGAGUUAUUCGUCAAUUUAUCAAUGAUCAAUUGAAAGGAUCAGAUGUAAUAAUUGAACUGACAAAUGCUUCAAAAAAUUUUAUCGAUCUGAAUUCACAGAAGAGUUCCGAAAACAAUAUACGCAAAAUAUUAAAGAAUGAAAAACAUUUAAAUAUUAUUAAUUUUUUAAAAUUAGAUGAAUGAUCUUAAUCAAUGAUUUCAGCUAGAAAAAAUACAAAUACCUAUUUGAACCGAUUAAAAUGACAUAAAAAUUGUGAUUCAAAUAUUGAUUUUUUCUAAAUUCUUUUAUGCAAAUAUUUGAAAAAACAAUAUCAAUUGUGUAAUAGUAUAGAUAAGUUCGUUGAAAAUCUAUAAAUCUAUGUGUGGGUAGAAUACAAUUUUACAUUUGUUUACGUUUUAUAUCCUCUUUAAUUUUAUAUAAAUCUAUUGAAGUUCCACAAGAAAUAAAAUUUGAAAAAAAUGAAACA